AUGCAAACACGUGUGCCACUCAGACGGGAAGAAUAUCCUAGCAUCAAGUACUGGCAUCGAGCGGAUUGGGACUCACAGCGAGCGCAGAAGCAAAUCUCUACGAGGCCAUCAGGCCGUGCAAUUGAUAAAGACGAAGACGACAACUUGAAGAACUGGCUCUUCGUUGAAGACGAGGAUGGGACCUUCAUUGGCCGCGACCGUAUCAAGAAAAUCACCUCUUUUGUGUGCAGCUUUUUCGAGACAAUGUUUCAAACCGAUACUGCUCCUGCGACCUGGGACCGGUUCGAGCAACUUCGCCUCUGUGCUGCAAAUUGGAAGAGCGACUACUUCCCGAUCAAGUUGUAUCCGUCUUGGUUCAGGAAACGCAAGCUGAAGGAAGAGCAGGCGCAGAUCAUUCCACCGUCUGAUGAUGCCCACCCCACUGACACGACAACUUUGGAGAUUCCCGAGUCAGGCUCUAGUGGGCGCCAGGCCAAUACCGUGUCCGCCGAUGCAGACUCCGUCGGGACAGCUGCUCAUGAUGCAACAGUGAUCCAAUCUGGGCCAGAUCAAUCGUCAUACACCGACCAUGCCGAUGUGGCCGCUCAUAGCGAGCAAGCCGAGGCCGUCUGCACUGCAGAAGAGAGCACAGGACUGCACAGCAAAUCACGGGUGUAUAUGCCUGGUACGGCUGUAAAUGCGAAGAAUAUAUACGGAUCACAAUGGAAGCUCGCAGAAGGCAACACGAACCUCUUCAAGAUGACUGACGAUUUCAAGAAGCAUUUUGAUAGCCUGUUGAAUGAAGCAAAGAAGCCGUAUGAACAGGAAGCUCAAAAUCUGCGCGCAUCGGGGAAGAAAUCACUUGAUGUGCCCGACUUCAAAUCAAUCAUGAAUGCUGCAAAGCCAGAAAAGCCUAUGAAGUCAGCGAAGUCAGCGAAACCACCGAAGGCGAAGAGGAAUGCGAAUGUCCCGGUGCUGAAGCUCUCGAGCAUUGCGAUGACACCGUACGUGAUGGACUAUGCUGCCAGAGUGCUCACAAUGCUGCCCAUGUGCUCGAUGAAGUGCAACUUCAUUGAAGUGGACUGGAUCUGGCCGGUAGGACUUGCCAAGCCUCGCGAAUACCUGGAGGCAGAGUGGAAGGUGGUGAGGAUGCCUGAUCCCAUGGGUCUGGUGGCAGUGCGUCCGCGACCUGGACAGCCGGGGUGUCAGGUGCAACGGGCAGGCGAGGGCAAGGAGGUGCACUGGGAGAAGCUCAUUAAACUGGGCUUGGACAUGGAGAACCCCAUCGUUGUAGUCUGA